AUGUCACAACAGUUCACCUCUAGCGAAAACCUCGACUCAUCCCAGCAGCAGUUGGAGGCAGAUCGACACGUGACAUCGACGGAGGAAAGCAGCAGGACAGAAAGCAGGGACUACGAUCACCGCUCAUCUGAGGCAGAACGUUACGACUCGCACCUCGCUCAGCAUCAGCGCGAGCCAUCUAAGCAGAUCACCAGUUGUAGCCCGCAGUGGCGUAAGGUGCUCUACGAGCGACAGCCCUUUGAGGACAACUACGUCGAUCCACAGCAGUUCUUGGAGGAGCUGAGCCAUAACAAGGACAUCAAGAGCUACAAGUACGCGGCCGUCGUCAUCAACACCCUCGCCAUAACCCAGGAGAUCUCCAUUGUCGUGCUGUUCUGUCACGCCUUCAUGGGUGUCUUCACGCAGUCUAUCGGCAAGUACUCGCUCGUAGUGAUUGACGUGCUGAGCGUUCUCGCCGCGCUUGUGUGCUACGUGUUUUACCAGUGCCACCAGGGCAACUGCAGGGCGACGGCGGAGCGACAUGCCAGUCGGAGCACCCGCUGUUCGUCACCGUCGCGGCCACCGUCGCAGUGGGUCUUUCACGCGUGGAACUUUGGCCGGCAGGUUGUCAGUCUCGUCACAAUGCUCACCCUGCUCAGCCCCAUCUUGAGCACUCUCACCGUCACCUACAGCGACGACACCAUCGUGACGCUGUCCAUCCUCACCAUGUCUCUGCAUUUGCUGUUGACCGACUACAGCUACUUGAACGCCUGCACCCAGCGCUUUGACCCCAACUUGUCCGUUAACAUGGCCAUCUACUGCGUGACCCUCAUGGCCUCGCGCAUCUCCUGCCCGCUAGCGAGCGGGGCCCUCAUCUGCUUUGGCAUCAUGUGUUUCUCUCUCUCCCCGAUCGUCCGUCACCUCAUCAGGCACUACUCCUUCACCGCUCAUGUCGCCACCACAUUUGGCCUCGUUGGCCUAGCCAUUGGAUGCCUGACCCAGAUCCCGAUUCUGGCCAUCUUGUACACCGUGACAGUGCUUAUGAUCUCGUUUGGCAUUCCGUGGCUGUUUGUACGCAUGCACAGCAGCGUCAAGACUCAAAUCAACGGUCCGUGGGACGAAGCGAAGCCCACCAACAGCGCUGCCGCGGCGGAGUGGGCGAACUCUGGCUUCCUGGCAUGA